GCUAAUUUUUUCGUAGUUGGUAGAACUCGACACUCGUCCCGUUACGUGUUUUACAGGUUCCAUUUGUUUAAUGCUUUGUUUUGUUGUAGUGUAGUUAUUUUAUGGAUUACACUUUUACAGGCGUUGUAUGAAGUAUUUUCGCGGUUUAUUUUGUACGUAACCUCAAAUUUGUUGGCGGUAAUUUUCAGGAUUACAUCUCCAAUUUGUAGAAAAACUCAAAAAGUGCGCAAUGAUCAACAACGUACUUAUAUCGAAGUACAACAGCCUAUGCUUGACAAAAAUUGUGACAAAACCGUUGUCCAUACACUAGAAACACCAAAUCAAAAAGAAAUUGGAGUUAAAGAUGUUUAUAACCUAUUGUUAAGGCUCACAAGAAAGCAAGAGUUAUUACAGCUGGUAGUAACGGACAUAAAGGAAAGUUUAAUUAAAAUGGAGACUGUAUUAUUGAGAAACCAUCAGGUUGACGUAGAAACAGGAGAUGCGGAAUCCAUUUUCCUUAAAUUUAACCUACCCAUUGAUGGUGUCGAGAAGCUAAAAGAAUUUGAAGCUUACUUCAUUGAAAAUGAGAAAGCAUUUAAAAAAGCAGUUCAUGAAGUAUCUCAAUUAGGAGGGAAGCAUUUGUAUGACUUUAUUUAUAGGGCUGGGAGAACAUUAAUUACAAAUAGCUUCGCAUCAAAGUUCAGCUACUUGGGAAAGCGACAGAAAGAAUCUUUUAAAAUUCUUAAGAUGAAUAAUUUGUUGAUAGAAUCUGCUAUGCAUCUUCAUAAACAAGCUACUGUCAAGGAUGUAGAGGUGGAGAUCUCGAAAUGGCUUAAAAGAGCUGCAGAGAGGGCAAAAAAUGAAAAAGAAUAAGUCUACUUUUAUCUUCUUUCGACCUAACUUUUAAAAUAAAUUAAUUCAUAUUUAAAAUAUAUUGUUUUUAGUUUUCACCCAACACUACAUCUAUAUAAGAUUUAUUUUGAAUUUGUAUGUAACAGUUAAAAUAAAAUUUCUUAAUUUCUUGUUCCA